AAGAAAACACUUAGUACCGAUCAUUAAGAAGCGAAAGACAAAAAUCUCGAUCAGCCCUCAGCUGCCGCCGUCCACAAGUUAUCUUUUAUUUUUUCCUUUCUGUCAGUCAUGGAAGAACUAAUAAUCUCACCAUCUUCUACUUCUUCAUUAGUUUCCUUUUCACAUGAAACUCCACCUUUGACUCUCCAGCAGAGGCUUCAACAUGUAAUUGAAAGGCAGCCGGAUUGGUGGGCGUACGCUAUUUUUUGGCAGACGUCUAACGAUGACCAGGGCCGGCUGUUCUUGGCUUGGGGAGAUGGUCAUUUUCAGGGCACCAAAGAUACGUUCCCCAAAUUACGUGCCAACAAAAGUUCAGACAUUCAGGUCUUGCACGAUGAACGAACGAAGGUGAUGGAAGGAAUCCAAGCCCUCGUCGGAGACAACCACGAUAUCGAUAUGUCGAUGAUCGACGGCUCUGAUAUCAGCGAUGCUGAAUGGUUCUACAUGUUGUCUUUGACCCGGAGUUUCUCUGCCGGCGAUGGGGUCCUGGGCAAGUCUCUUACGACCGGCUCUUUGGUGUGGUUAACCGGUGCCCACGACUUGCAGUUUUACAAUUGCGAAAGGGCUAAAGAAGCACAGUUGCAUGGCAUUGAAACGAUGGUCUGUAUACCGACUUCUUGUGGCGUUCUUGAAUUUGGUUCCUCGGAAAUUAUCAGGGAAAACUGGGGAUUAGUCCAACAAAUGAAAUACUUAUUCGGGUCGGAUCUCAACGGUCUGCUACCAAAACAAUCAACUACAGACACAGGUCCAAAUCAAAUCCAGUUCCUUGAUAGAAGCAUCUCAUUUUCUGACAUCGGCGUAAUCGCCGGUGUUCAAGAAGACCACAACAACGAAGGCACGAAAGACUCGACAAGACCCGGGGAAUCGUUCUUUCUUAACUCAGAGCAUUCGGAUUCCGAUUGUCCAUUGCUUCCCCUGUACAACACAGAGAAGAGAACCCCAAAGAAACGUGGAAGAAUACCCGGUUCGGAACGAGAGACAUUGUUGAACCACGUGGAAGCCGAAAGGCAACGCCGGGAGAAGCUGAACCACAGAUUCUACGCACUCCGAGCUGUAGUCCCAAACGUGUCCCGCAUGGACAAAGCAUCCCUCUUGUCCCACGCCGUCUCGUACAUCAAGGAGCUGAAGUCCAAAAUCGAAGACCUCGAAGCGGAGCUUCGUAGAGAGUCUAAGAGAGUGAAGGUAGAAACGGUGGACGCCUUGGAUAACCAGAGCACCACCACCACCGCAUCGGUGGAGCAGAUAACAACAGCCAAACCUAGCAAUUCAUCAUCCGCAACCGAUGGAUCUAGCGGGAUGGAACUAGAUAUAAAGAUCAUAGGAAAUGAUGCAAUGAUUAGGGUCCAAUCGAAGAAAGUGAACUAUCCGUGUGCAAGGUUAAUGGAUGCCCUUCGUGAUUUGGAGUUUCAGCUCCAUCAUGCAAGCGUGUCGUGUGUUAACGACAUCGUGCUCCAGGAUAUUGUCGUCAAGGUUCCUCAUAGAUUCAAAACACAUGAACAAGGCAUUAAAGUUGCUCUUCUCAGAAAGCUAGAGCAGUAAAUUUUUCUUCUUGAUUUUGUAUUUACUUCAUCGAUUUUGCCUUUGAACUUUAACUCUGCUUGUCAUGUAAUUAAUUAAGAAGAUAAAUUCAAGCAGCUAUAUUAUUUUUGUA